GUUUGUGCCAAUGUGUAUAUAUAUAACGGCACAGAUCACAACCAGACUGACUCUCCUCCGACCGCCCAGCCCAAGGACUGUCUGAUCUUCCACCCCUCAACGACCAUGGGCAAAGUCCUCCUUCUGUGCCUGGCCGCGCUGAGCUUUGUCGGGAUCGGAGCAGCCCUGCAGUGCCUGAAAUGCGACUUCACCGUAUUUGGCAUCCCCUGCCACACCACCACCGUCACCUGCAAGGACGACCAGCUCUGCGCUAUCAUCCGGGGCCGUGCAGCCGGCCACAAGCUGAUCAUGAAGAAGAACUGCGUUGACAAGGGGAAAUGCCACACCAACGACACCUCGUCCUUCGCGGGCAUCACCUACAGCACCUCCUACGAGUGCUGCGAGGGUGAAUUCUGCAACUCGGCCGCGGGCACCGGGGCCCAGCUCUCCCUGGCCGCAGGGCUGGCCAUGCUGGGGGCCUGGCUCGCCCAGGGCCUCUAAUCCCUGCUCUAGAAGCCGGGAGAGAAGAGGAAAUAAUUUCUGUUGGGGGGCAAAAAAAAUCCAUCCUGACCUUGCCUUUAAAUAGCCCCACCCCUUUUCUUCUUAAAGGGGCACUUGUUAGCCAGAGGUGAGACCCAAUCUUUGGCCUUUUCUUGGUUGUCUUAAAUCAUUAUGACCUGGGGACGAAGGGGAAAGACCCUCGGGGUCUGUCCGGAGAAGGAAAAUAUAUCUCCCAUUCUUUCGUGGUGGCCCCCUGAA